UGUAAUUUACAAUGUUUCCUAUUUCUCAAUGUUACCUUUUGCUUUUGUUUGGUUCCCCCAUGUAGAAACGUGCUCAGCAAAACUUUUGUCUAGAGACCCUUGAAUGCAGCAUGCGUCAUAUGUUGGAAAGGGCAGCUGAAAUAUUCUCACAACUCAAAGAGAGAUCCUCAUUGACAAUUUUAACCAGAUGGCAGUGUUUUCAGUCUUAAACUGACGCGAGAAGACAACAGUCAGAUAAACGUGGAGGAUUCAGUCAGUGAGUGAUCCACAGAGGAGAUCAUCAGCAACCCUUGAACUGAACAGCUGUGAUCUGAGGCAGCAGCCUUCACGUCGCUCCGUUAAAAGAAACCAUACGUGUUUCUCUGACAGGUUUUUAUGGAGGCUGUUUUGAGCUGCAAACCGGAGGACCUGGAGGAUUACUACGGGCUGUUAGGAUGUGAUGAACUGUCAUCGACUGAACAGAUUCUUAAUGAAUACAAGAUCCGAGCCUUGGCAUGUCAUCCAGACAAGCACUUGGACAACCCAAGAGCAGUGGCAGAUUUCCAAAAGCUGCAGGAAGCCAAAGAAGUUUUAUGCAAUGAAGCCAAAAGAAAAAACUAUGACCUUUGGAAAAGGAGCGGCGUCACUAUUCCAUUUAAUGACUGGCAAGCCUUGAAUGAUUCUGUAAAAACUUCAAUGCACUGGGCUGUGAGAAAUAAGAAGGAACCCAUGUUGGAGGCCUCCAAACCAGAAGCUCCAGUCGCCUCACAAGCUGGGGACUGUGAGCAAGACGCAGCAGGGAUCUCUUCAUGUGAAGAUGUGCCAUCCUCAAGUGAUUACUGCCAUCGACGUUUCCGUUUUGCUGCUGACUCACCAUCUAGCCUGCUGCAGAAGUUCAGAAAUUAUGAAAUAUAAAUACACUCUGAAAAUCAUUUUGCUUAAGUGUCUGUGUAUUGCUGUUGUCAUGUAUACACUUGGGUCCUUGUUAAAGGUGGAGUCUGUGAUUCAGGAGAAAGAUCUCGCAUAUCAACGCCUUUCCCCUGUCCUGUGCACGAGGACAAACUUGCACUAGCUCAGUCGUGCACAGGCUUGGAUGGAAUAGUGUUGUGUGGAUCAGUAACACUAACACAGAAUGAACAGUUGGUGGUCAAUGAAGAGAUAUUCACCAAAUCUGUCAAAAAAUGUGCUGAAUUAGUAUCACUGACUCAGCCUGUAACUGUAGCAGCAAUUUUUGUGUGUCUGUCAUGUAAUUCGUCUGAAUCUCGUGGAAAUAGUGAGCCGUUGUGGAUGUGUCUGUUGCAAGUGUGAAAAACUAAGGUCUGUGAAUAAUUUAUGAUGCUGUUACUCUUGCUUUGCAGUGUUGUGUUCAUGCCCACUACUGCACAUGGAUAAAGACAUGAUUAUGCGUGAUUCUGGAGGACCUUUAAUGCUGUAAUGUGUUUUUCUGUGUUGCUGAUGUUGGGAAAAUAAAAUUGAAACAUGCCAUGUUCACUAUUUUGAUUUUGUUUUGUAUUUAAUACUAUGCCAUGCUGAUUCUUUACAUUGGACCAUUGUUUUUCAUUUUGCACAGAUGUGAUGGAGUUAUAUCAGAAGUAAUUCAAACCAUCCAGUCAAUCGACAAACACAUUUUGUUGUGUGGAAAUAACCAAUUAUUUCUUUUACUUUGAAUACAACUUGCAUUGUGAUUCACAAUAUAAGGUUGCAUGUUUUAAGUAAUUAUUAUUUGAAAUCAACUGUUUCACCUUAAUGGCAGAUGCCAUAUUGUUUAACCACAACAAACUUUUGCUGUAACUGUUUGCUAUUAACUGUUACCAAAUUUUAUUUACCAAAUCAUGUGAAAUGCAGACAUUGUUCCAAAUGUUUAAAUAAAGCAUACCAGUGAAAA